AUGACGCAGGGGAAGCUCUCUGUGAAUAACAAGCCUGCAAAUUCUGAAGGGCAGCAGGAAAAUGCUGAACGAAAGCACCCCAGUGCCCCAGCAGUACCACCAACCUAUGAAGAGGCAACCUCAGCAGAAGGGAUGAAAGCAGGGGCCUUUCCCCCCCCUCUGAAUGUCCCUCUCCAUCCCACUUGGGCAUACGUGGAUCCCAAUUCCAGUCCUAACUAUGGAAGUGGAUACUCAGGGGAAACUGAGACCUUCACAACUUUCAGCUGGGAUGACCAGAAUGUGCGCAGGGUAUUCAUCAGGAAGGUUUAUAGCAUCCUUUCAAUUCAGCUCCUUGUUACAGUCAGCAUUGUGGCUAUUUUCACUUUCUGUAAACCAGUUCAAGGAUAUAUCCAAGCAAAUCCAGCCUGGUACUGGGCUUCCUAUGCCGUUUUCUUUAUCACCUAUUUGAUCCUUGCCUGCUGCUCUGCACCAAGGAGGUAUUUCCCAUGGAACCUGAUUCUCCUCAGCAUCUUUACUCUGUCCAUGGCCUACUUGACAGGAAUGCUCUCCAGCUACUACAACACCACCUCCGUCCUCCUCUGCUUGGGGAUUACAGCUUUGGUUUGCCUUUCCGUCACCAUAUUUAGCUUCCAGACCAAGUAUGACUUUACGUCUUGUCAGGGGGUGCUCUUUGUGAUGCUGAUGGUGCUGCUCUUUAGUGGGAUCAUACUGGCUAUUACACUUCCUUUCCAUUAUGUGCCAUGGCUCCAGGCCAUUUAUGCUGUCUUGGGUGCAAUUGUAUUUACAAUGUUCCUGGCCUUUGAUACCCAGCUCCUGAUGGGGAACCGUUCUUAUGCCAUGAGUCCAGAGGAAUACAUCUUUGGAGCCCUCAACAUAUACCUGGACAUCAUCUACAUAUUUUCUUUUCUCCUGCAGAUCUUUGGAAGCAGUCGAGACUGA